GUGCUUGUGGCCGCGUCGUCAUAAUGCUGGCAGCUGUUGGCGCUUAAACAAUACGAAAUCGGCCACCCGAGAUGGACGUGAUUGUGUACAAUCAGCACGAAACCAACAGCAUCGCGAGCAGCAGCGAUGACGGCACCGAGACCCAGUACGACGCGGAGAGCGUGCCCGACUUCGACGGCGACGGCGAUGGCGAUCUGCUGUCGAUCGACGGCGACAAGCUGAACGAGCUGCCGCUGCGCAGGAGCUUGUUUGACCACGUAGCGCCUUAUAUCGUGUUCCGAUCGUUCGACUGCAAGGUCCGAGACAACGGCGGUUUGGUCCUGCCGCGCGAAGUGACGAAAUAUCUAAAGUGGCAUCUCACUCCAAUCACGCCGGUAAUAGUGCGCCGCACCCUCUGGAAUUCUGGCUAUCGAUUGAUGAAGAAGUGCGUGUCUUGGUGCGGCAGCUGGGGCAAGCACAUGAAGUCUCCUUGCUACAAGACGCUGAAGGAGUCGCAGAAGGUCAACCACUUCCCCGGCACGUUCCAGAUCGGCCGGAAGGAUCGCCUGUCGCGCAAUCUCAGCCGAAUGAUAAUAAAACACGGCAAGCGGGAGUUCGGUUUUGUGCCGCGCACCUACGUGCUACCGCAGGACCUGCGCCUCUUCCGGCAGGUGUGGGAGAAGAACGGCGGCAAGGAGAAGUGGAUCGUGAAGCCGCCGGCGUCCGCGCGCGGCACCGGGAUCCGCGUGGUCCACCGCUGGUCCCAGAUACCAAAGAAACGCGCGGUCGUCGUCCAGCAGUAUCUGUCGCGGCCGAUGCUGAUACACGGCGCCAAGUUCGAUCUGCGCCUCUACGUGCUCGUCACGAGCUUCAAUCCGCUCAAGGUUUACAUCUAUCCGGACGGCCUCGUGCGCUUCGCGUCCGUCAAGUACAACAACGACAUCAACUACCUCAGCGACCGUUUCAUGCAUCUCACCAACUACAGCAUCAACAAGACCAGCGCCAACUACACCAACAGCGACUGCGCGGACUCCCGCAGCGGUCACAAGUGGACUCUGCGGAGUCUGUGGUCCUAUCUCGAACAAGAGAACGUGAACGUCGCCAAAAUAUGGGCGUCGAUAAAAGACAUAGUGGUGAAGACGAUGAUAGCCGGCGAGUCGCCCAUCACUAGCCUGACGAGGACCAAUACGACUUCGAGGUAUUCUUGCUAUGAGCUUUUUGGGGUUGAUAUUCUACUGGACGAGAAUCGGAGGCCAUGGUUACUCGAGGUGAAUAUCUCUCCCUCGCUACAGUCUUCCUCGCUACUCGACGUCGCCGUCAAGGGACCCCUCAUCAAAAACGUCUUCAAUAUCGCCGGAUAUCAACUGCCCACGAGCGUACCGCCGGUGGAGGCGGAGAAGUUAGCCCAAAGAUAUGAAUUAGAUCAAGUGUGCCAAGAUUACAGACUGUAUCGAACCGCCCUUAGCUUCCAGGAACGACACAAGCAGUCGUUGUACGUGCAUCUGAGAAAUCGCGAGGAUUAUCUCGACGAAAUACUCGAGGAUCUCAUGCCCGAUGACGUCCGGCACCUGAUUGCUUACGAGGACGAGCUGACGCAGUUAGACAGGUUCGAGAAGAUCUUUCCGACCACCAACAGCUACCAAUACUUGCAGUUCUUCGAUGUGCCGAGAUACUACAACAUGCUGUUCGACGCAUGGGAGACGAAGUACGGCGAUAAUCGGGAGGAGGGCAUCUCCCGAUUACAGAAGAUGUGCAGGACCAAGUAUCACUUGGAGCAGGCGGUUUUUAGAUAAUGAUCCUUCUUUCGGGACGCUGUUUGUGUCAAUGGUAUCGGAACAUCAAAGAGCGCAGGAGCCGCGACGUCGUUCUCGCCGCAUCGACGUCUUCAUUGUGUGGAAUUCCUUUUGUUUUGUACGCCAAGCGCUAUUUGUUGUAUACGAGUGAACAUACCACAACCGUCGAUUCUGAGAGAAUGGACUUUAUUAUGUGCCUUUUUCCAUGGUUGUCCAACUUCAUUGUAUGAAAUUUUCUCUUUAAUAAAGCAUUUUUCUUUA